GAAAAACAUUAUACGGAUUCCCUUUCAAAGGAUUUCUGAGCCCGCGAAUUUUAGACAAGAUGAGCAAGGCUCACCCUCCUGAGGUGAAAAAAUUUAUGGACAAGAAGUUACCAUUGAAAUUAAAUGGUGGCAGACAUGUCCAAGGAAUAUUGAGAGGAUUUGAUCCCUUUAUGAAUCUUGUGAUAGAUGAAUGUGUGGAGAUGGCAACUAGUGGGCAACAGAACAAUAUUGGAAUGGUGGUAAUACGAGGAAAUAGUAUCAUCAUGUUGGAAGCCUUGGAACGAGUUUAAAUAGUAACUGUUCGGCAGAGAAAUCCAUUCCCCUCUUCCGAGCACUAGCUAU